GGAUUUUAUUCUUCUGUCGUGGAUAUAUGAUAGAAUGCUUUACUAUCAAAUUGUAUAUGAUACGAAUGUAUGGAUAUACUGACCAGAAGCCUCAAAUUAAGAAGGCCCUGUCACCACUGCCAAACUUACAUCACCAAGUAACACACACAAAGCCUCAUGUCUCAGAACCAGAGAAGACUGAAAAAUGGUUCAUUAUCAACAAGAACUAAACCAGCUAUCUUAAGAACAAGAAAAAGAAAGAGUUCUGAGAAUGAAGAAGACGAACGACAAGUAAAGCAGGCCCGUGUGGAACACUCAGAGAUGCUGCAUCAGCCAUUGGGUGAUGUGACAUCAAGCCUCAACGUUGAGAGGGAGCGGUCAGUAACUCCAGACAACCCAGUUCCUGAUGCAUGGAACAAGUUUCGGGGCUUGACGUGCAUCCCAACGCCACAAUCCACGAGAAAGCUACCAUUGCCAAAAUUGAGUUGGGCAGAUCAAGGACAAGUAUGGGCGCUCAUGUGCCGGAAGGACCGCCUCUACCCUCGACGUCCAGACUACCUCACUCAACAUCCUUCACUACAACCACGAAUGAGGGCAAUUUUGUUAGACUGGUUGACAGAGGUAUGUGAAGUGUAUAGGCUACACCGUGAGACCUACUACCUGGCCACAGACUUUAUUGACCGAUACCUGACUGCCUCACAAGAUGUUCCCAAACAGCAACUCCAGCUUAUAGGUAUAACAUGUUUAUUCAUAGCAGCAAAAAUAGAAGAAAUUUACCCACCAAAGCUGUCAGAAUUUGCUUAUGUGACUGAUGGUGCAUGCAUGGAUAAUGAAAUUCUAGAAAAGGAGCUAGUCAUAUUAAAGAAAUUAAAUUGGGACCUCUCCCCAAUUACCUCCAACUGUUGGUUAAAUACAUACCUGCAGCUGGCACAGGAUGUUGGUAGUAAUGAAACAGCCACUGAUGAGCACAGCUUUGUCUUCCCUCGGUAUUCUCCACUCACUUUUGUGCAGGUUGCCAGAAUAUUAGAUCUGUGUACUCUGGACAUGUCAAGUCUGGCAUUUAGUUCGAGCAUGAUUGCAGCAACUGCCCUGUGCUAUGUGAUAUCCCCAGCGGUGGCCUGUCAAGUGUCUGGCUAUUCAAGAGAGCAACUCCAGGAGUGCCAAGACUGGAUGGUAGCAUUUUAUCUUACUGCAAAUGAGAUGGGACCAAUGCAACUGAAAUCUUUUAGUCAAGUGGCUCAAGAUGAUAUGCAUAAUAUCCAAACACACUCUGUAGACCUCGAUACUUUGGAACGAGCACAAAUCAGGUUGAAUGAGGUGCGUUCAUCGUCAUCAAGGAAGAGUCCAGAGACAUCUGGAGUAUCAGCUGCGAUGCUCACACCCCCAAAAACAGAUGAGAAAACCAGAUUUGUGGUAGAGUUUACCGGUUAAAACUUGGGUAACGUAGGAAAUGGCAAAUGCAACAUCUCAGUUUUUCCAUUCCGUUAUUAUGUUUUAGCUCUUUUCAUCAUAUACAACAUUUCUUAUUGAUGAAAUUUUAUCAUUUCAAGGGAUUUCUGAGGAUACAAGACAUUAUUUGCUUGUUACUGUCUUGGCCAAGAUUGUGGACAUAGUGUUUUAUGACUGUGGCCAUUUUUAUACAUAUCAGGUAGAUAUGGCCAUGCUUAUACAUAUCAAAAGCAUUUCAUGCUAUAUAGUGACUUAAUAUAACAAAAAUAUAAAGUUUUAUAAUACUUGCUUUGCUCACUAAUGUAUAUGCUAUGCAUCAUUGUAUUGAAUGUUGCAGAAUGUUUUUUGAUAUUGAUGUGUACAAUAUGAUUUCAUGUGGGCAAUUUCUCAAUUUUGGUAGAAUAAAUAUCGGUAAUUUUUAUAUUGCAUAGUUUUUGUGUUUUGUUAUAGGUUUACAAUUUGGUAAUUUAUUAUCUUAGAGGUUUUCCUUAUCAAAGCUUAUGAGGUUUUAAUUAUUUUUAAUUUAUACUGUACAUAAUUAGGUAUGUAAAUGUAUGGAUAAAGUGAAUAGUUACGUGAUAAAGUAAAAACUGAGGUGUGAAAUGAAUGGUUCAACACAGGCUAUGUACAUAUGACUUUGCCUGGUAAAACAAAUCUAGUCUUUUCCGUAAAGGGAUUACAGUUUAUUGUUUUAGCGCCAAGUGCAAUGGUGUUUCAUAAGGCCGUAUUCAAGAUCAUGGAAUGUAGGGCAUCCCUAUAGGGAAAUAUUACCGUAGGGAAUGCCUACACCUGUUGGUGUAGUGCUUAUUUUAAAUUGCUCAUACCUUGUUUCUUGCUCCAGGGCUGUGGAAAAGGGUGGCCUUUUGUAUUAUUGGUAAGCUUAUAGAUGUUAAUAUCAAUUUGCACAUGAAGUACCAUAGAAUAAAACUGAAUUAGGAAUAAUUUAUACAUAAGAACCUAUUGUCAUCCUAACCAAAAAACUUUAAAAAGUUGUAUGGUAGAACUUUGGAAAAGGUACUCAGAUUAAUGAGCAACAUUAGGAAUCUUUUCAAUAUAAAAAAUAAUUCCUUUUCUCAAGAACAUCCAAACUAUUGUGAAUGAAUAAAUUUUUACCAGACCUAAUUUACCCCCCUCCCCCCCUCAAAAUAAUAAAAAAUAAAUAAUCAAAACUAACGGCUAUCAUAUGUCAUGGUACGUGACUUUUCCAACCUAACUUAAUAUCUUGGCUACAUAGCUUCCAGUGCCCAGUUGGGAAUUCCUGGCUAAGUAGCCACUUCCAAUUCAAUUACCAGUUGUAGACCUGGUGAAAAAGAAAAAUUUUGGUUUAUCAUUUUAGAAUUUUGGAAGCUGAUAGCCUCAGCACAUUUAGUGGUGUAUGAGAGUAAUGCUGAUUCAGUUUGAAUCGUUUAUGCCCAAGGAAAUUUAUAUAAUUUGCCCCAAACGAAGUCUAGUAUGGCACCUGUAAAUUGCAAAUUAAAACAUCCAGAAGUCGCGCUUCACGUAGCAAAUGAUCAUCUGAAUGUCCCGGUAAGAAAGUUAUAAACAAAAUUGUUUUGAUAAAUAAUUAUUAUUUUUUCUCCCCAACACUAGUGGCAUUCCUUAAAAAUAGCAAAAUUGUUUGUUUAUAUUAUUAUUUUUAUUGAAACGUGUACUGCACACAAAUACUGUAGGGCAUCCUCCCCCUCCAGUAAUCCAUAGGCAAUCCCUACAAGCAUCCUUAAGCAUUGAUCAUGUCAUGGGCUUUCACUAAACUUCUUGAAUAACAAAUGGAGGCAUUGCCCAUCGAAUACCCUAUGCUCCACAAUUCUCUAAUACGGUAGAUAGAAAUAUGAAAUGUUAUUUUCAGGAUUUUCCUCUGUAAUUCAUUUCACUUAAGGAAAAUGCUGUAUGCUCUGAGUGUUUGUGUAAAUUGUACUAGCUUUUUAAUUAUAUAUGACAGUAUACUGAAAUGCACAAUAAGGAUUGGAAAAUUUAUGUAUGUGAUGCUACAGGGCUUUUAAUUGUUGACUUCAGUCAUGCAUCUCAUCUCAGAAGGGCAUUUAGAUGCCCCUAAUUUUCAACUGUGCCAUCAAAUCUGCCAGGGGAUACUAGGACAUAUUGUAACAGUUUUGAAUUGUUACCUCGUCUUACAGGUGUUGUCCACCCAUCUUUUCAUGUUACAGGCAAAAUUAUACAUGUUUCAUGCUCAUUAGCACUUGAGAAGGAAAAUUAAAUGUUCAUGAACUGA